AUGAAGUUCUUAGCGAGUUCAGUAAUUUUUCUUCUUAUUCGAUCGUCUACAGCCUUAAAGUUUAACCGCAGUUCUGAAUCAGGUUGUUCAUGAAAAGUUCGAAUGAAAAACAGAACAAUUCAGGAAAGAAUACGCUUAGCUUAGUGACAAUCUGCUCAACUUGUGCUCUUUUUGUAUUUUCAAUUAUCACUCUCGUUGUUUCGGCUCUCAGCUUGCUCAAAGCCCGACGGAUCCGCCAUUUCAAGCUGUCGGAACCGCAGGUUUUCAGACAUGAGGAAAUUUUGGAAAAUUAAGCAGUUCAGACUCAAAUUUACUACAAGAAUAAAGGAAGGCUCCGAAGUUGA